AUGUCGAGCAACACAUCAAGCCGCCAAAACUCCAUACAAUCGCCCUCUGGCAUUGUUAAGGACUCCGACGUCCAUUCCAUCGCUGUCGAGAAAAAGGAGACUACUAGCCCCUCUGGCUUUAAGCGUCGUUGGCAAGACAUUCGCAAGAAAUGGGGACCUUUGAUGGCGGCCAAGGUGCACUUGGAUGAUGAAUACACUUUUCCUCCUGGUCGUUACGCUGGACAGGGUAUUUGA